UGUUUUGUUCGAGUGUCUUUCACGCCACUUGAUACUGCUUGGCAUCUAUUUAUGGGAAACUGUGGUGCAUGAUGCCGGCUCUUUUGUCUGGCACACCCGAAGGAGUAGUCCUGCGACUGUAAGUUGGUUUGUGAUGGGAAUAAUAGAGGGUGCACACAAUCUGGAGAUGGUAUACAGUACCUGCCACUGAACGAUUAGUGGGGUCAGAAUUCAACUUGCAAGUUUGUAGGACACAACUGGUUUGUAAGUGCUCACGGGAGCUUGGGCUUUAGAUAAUAACCGGGGUUUCGGAGAGCCUAGCGGAGGUUUAAGCGCGGAGACUCGCGGGAUAUGCAGUUCUUCGUUAAGAGCAGUGUGCAAGGGUGAACGCCAACUUGGGAUGUCACUCGCAAUUGAACUACCAGGAGCUCCGGAAGUAGAUUCCAGGCUUUCAAGCGUUUUCGGACGCUGAUGUCGCCCGAAGCACAAAUUAAAACCUCGGAGGUUUUCAGGAAUCAGAAUUAGGUGGUGAACAUGAUGAAGACAAUCCUUCUCCUGCUGGCAGUUUGCUUCUUGCUUACGGCGUCAUAUUUGACGGCUGAGAGCUUUAGGGACGAGGACUGGGACGAUGAGUCGGAAGAGUCCACAGAUUUUACCAAGGUUCGCCAAGAAGAAUCUGAGAGAUUCAAGAGACUCGUCUCAAUACCCAAUGAAUUCGACCCAUCGCUCUUUGAAGGCUUGAUCCAUGACGAUUUUGAAGAAGACGCCCUGCACGAGCACCCUGGGGGGCGACAGUUACUUCAAGCUGCCAACAUUCUCGCUAGCGAACAGGAUGCGCUCUUGCAGUUUAAGAGAGGAGUACUCGAUCCUAAUGGUAUUCUGGCAGGAUGGAAUGGAACUUCGAAUCAAGACCACUGCGAAUGGGUAGGCAUUCUUUGCAGCAACAUCACGAGUAAUAACACCAUUCGUCGAGUAGUGCAAUUAAAUAUCACAGGUGUCGAAGGUGCUAAGCUGGGAGGUUUGAUUUCCCCGAACAUCUCACUGCUGUCUUCGCUGACAGUCCUAAUCCUGCAAAGUAACCUAUUAACGGGACCUAUUCCCCCAGAGUUGGGGAAUUUGAAAAAUUUGAAGACCCUGAAUUUACAUGGCAACAAUCUGACGUCAUACAUCCCGGUUCAGCUUUCGAACCUUACGCUCCUCCAGACUCUGGAUAUUGGCUCCAAUAAUAUGACGGGUGGAUUGCCAAAAGAGUUAGCACAAUGUAAGAAUAUGCUCCAAUUGGAUGUGUCUUCAAAUCAUUUCGACGGAGAAAUUCACAGCGACUUCGGUACUUUUCCAAAGUUGAAAAUGUUUUUGGCCAUGAACAACGAGUUAACCGGAAGUAUCCCUGAGAGUUUUGGAAAUUGUACCACUCUGGAGAGCUUUGCGGUGAAUGACAAUCAUUUGGUAGGAGAGAUUCCGAGAGGCUUUGCAAAUGCUCCCAAUUUGCAAGGAUUUCUGGUGGGGUUUAACAACAUCACCGGAACGCUUCCUGAGGGGUUUGGGAAGUUGCAGAAGUUGAGUAUUGUCUACUUCCAGUAUAACAAGAUGAACGGAACCAUGGAUUUUCUGCAGAAUUGCAGCGGAAUGUGGCAAAUUCAUGGCGAGAAUAACAACCUCACUGGGCGACUUCCUACUUUCUUUGGGGAUACAUGCGAGAACCUGACGCAUGUCUUUGUAUCGAGAAACAACUUCUCCGGACCACUUCCGGGUACCCUAUCGAAGUGCCCCAAGUUGGAGAAUAUCGGCGUUAGCAACAACAAUCUCUCCGGCACCAUCCCGCCAGAAUUUAGCAUUUGUCCUAGAAUGCAAAACUUUCAGGUGGACAACAACCAUUUCACGGGUGAAAUACCUGGAGUGUUCAGCAAUUGGUCCAACAUAGAGUAUGCGUACUUCCAUGGCAAUGAUCUUAAUGGGACGAUUCCUGCUUCGCUGUCGAACUGCUCAAAGCUGGUACAAUUGCAUUUAAAUUCUAAUCCCAAGCUCACCGGGAUUAUACCUCCAGAGUUCGGAAGGUUGAAGAAAUUGGAGAAUUUGGUGGUAUUCGACACGAAGGUUUACGGGGAGAUACCUACAACGCUUGGGAACUGCUCCAAUCUCAAAAAUCUUGUCCUCAAUAACAACACUCUUAACGGGACAAUCCCGGCACAGCUUGGAAACUUGAGGAACUUGACACUAUUGGUUUUGUCGCAGAAUAAGCUUCAAGGGUCAAUUCCGAGCAGUCUCGGCAACUGUAAGAAUCUUCAGAGACUUGAUCUCUCUAACAAUCGGUUAACUGGAGGAUUGCCAAGUAAUCUCUCGGAUUGCUUUUCUUUGCAAACAGCUAAACUUGAUAAUAAUCAGCUCGAAGGAGACUUUGCAUGGGAUAUGAGCAACAUGACCAAUCUGAAGUCGGUGUCCGUGCGCAACAACUCGAUUACAGGAGAUGUGUUCGCAUCACUUGCCACCCUUAACUCAACGAAAGGCAGCAACCAACUCACGACAUUGGAUUUCACUCGGAACAACCUAAUUGGGAAAUUUCCGGCCACAUUUGAUGUGUCCAAAUUGUCGUCUCUGCAGGUGAUGCUGUUAGGAAACAACCAGCUACAGGGUUCAAUCCCGUCAUGGCUUUGGGAUCUCCCUAAGCUGCAAGUGCUGGAACUCAAUUAUAAUAAUCUCACGGAUGACUUACGAGGCAACUUCAGCAACCCUCGUGGAUUUAUUGACGCACCGACUACAACCGAUACUCCUACAGACAACUCUCAGACUUACAUUCAGAGUGUUACGAUUACUGUCCAGGAUAGACAGGUAACGUACAGUACUUCUCUCAAAUAUGUCACUUCCAUACAAUUAUCGCACAACAGACUGGGGGGCGUCAUACCUGUGGAUAUUACCAAGCUUGUGAAGUUGACGUAUCUCGAUCUCUCCUCAAACUUCUUCACAGGUAGCAUUCCUGACAAUAUUGGUGCAAUUCCUUUGACGUCCCUGAAUCUCUCUAGCAAUCUUCUGACUGGUAGUAUCCCGGAAUCCUUGGGCAAAAAUGCCAAGCUACAAUCUCUGUAUCUUGCCAACAACGACCUAUCUGGUCCUAUUCCCCAAGCAUCCCCGUUACAGUCCCAAAAUACCUCUGCCUAUCGUCCUGGCAAUCCCGGGCUCUGUGGCCUUCCUCUUGAUCCCUGCAGCUCGACAUCACCAUCAUCAGGAAAUUCCUUCAAUGAUCUUUUCACCACCCCUGGGUUUAUAGUGGGUUUCUUUGUUGGGUUCUUCUCGAUCGGGUUAAUACUCUUCUUUUCUAAGCCUGCUCGAAGCUUUAUGAAACUGGAGAACGGAAGCUCAAAUAAGGGACACACCGGUCGGUGGCAUCCCCCAAAGUCCGGCUUGUUGCGAAAAGGGUCCCUGUAAUAUACCUUUUGAUCACCUCUGAUAAACGAUCACAUGCUCAGUGUUGAUAUUUCUUACACGAAAAACACAACCUCCCUUGUAAUUUUAUAGAGUUCCAUAAACGGUCAUAACAUGUACAUUUUAAGCAGCAUCCAUUUCGGACUAUAAUAAAGAGUGUGGAUGUGUGUUCGUUUUUA